GUUGUGACUUGUGGGUUUCCAACUUUUAAAGUUUAAACUUUAGUGGCAGUUCUGUACUUUGUAGGUACAACAUGUAAAUAAUAAGAUAUUUUGUUGAGGUGUUCAGGGCGACACAAAAGGAUAGUUAAUAAUAAUACCUAUUUAUUACAAUUGUGCAAUGGAGGACAUUAAAUUGAAAAAGGAGCCUAUAGUUGUAUUGCAGUCGGUUGAAAUAUUUGCCUGCCAAAGAUGUACUCAAGUUUUUACUAAUGUUGAGGGUUUUAUGAAUCAUGUAUUAGUUCAUGCACAGUUAGCCUUUGUGAAAUUAACCAGAAUAAAGUAUUACAAAUGUAAAACAUGCCCAGCUACCUUCCUCAAGAAAGAUCUUUGUAAAAUACAUGAAGUCUAUCAUGUUUAUAAGGCUGUGAGUAAGAAACUCUCUGAAAAAUAUGAUGAUCAUAAUUACCUUAAUACUAAUGUACACAGAAAGUUCAAAUGUAAAGAGUGUGGACGUAUGUUUGUUCAAGAGAAUACACUCUUACAGCACCAGAUAGUUCAUGAACCAUAUCCGUUCGUCUGCCACUGCGGUAUCGGGUACUAUGUAGAAACAGACUUAAAACAACAUAUGACCUUAGUGCACAAAAUUGAAAGUAAGCCCAUUAUAGAAAAGGUUGAACGUAAGCCAAGUAAAAAGAUUAUUGACAGCGAUGAAAGUACAGAAGAGUUGGAUUAUAAUAGUUAUGAUGAAACAAAAGUUAAACCAAAGAUAAAAGUAAAAUCAGAGCUAAAUGGUGUGAAUAGAAAAAAUAAAAAACCAAAAAAUAGAUCUAAAAUUAAAAUAAGGAUAGGUACCAAGAAAGAUAAAGUUCCAGUAUAUGUGGAAUGUCCAAUAUGCCAAAAGAAAUUGAAAAACAAACUUGGAAAUCAUCUCGAGACACAUGUCACAGAUAAGAAAUAUAAAUGUCUUAUUUGUAAUAAAUGUUUUAAAACAAAACCGAGCUAUGGAAAUCAUGUAAAAAAAGUUCAUCAACCGAAAUCAUUUAAGUGUCAAUACUGUGAUAAAAAUUUGUCAAGCAAAGGCAAUAUGAUAUUACACGAACGUAUCCAUACGGGUGAGAAACCAUACAAUUGUCAAUAUUGUGCAAAGCCAUUUGGAGAUCCUUCAGCAUUCGCACGACAUAUAAGAACACAUACACAUGAUAUGAGGUACUUCUGUGAUCUUUGCCCUAAAGCAUUUACAGAUAAAAGUGGAUUAAUAGGGCACAAAUUACGUCAUUUUAACAGAAAAUACAAAUGUGAUAUCUGUGACUCGGCAUACUUCACCAAAUAUGAUCUGGACAAGCACUUCAGUCUGCAUGCAGAUAGAAAACAGUAUGAAUGUCACGAUUGUGGGAAAAAAUUUAAUCUAAAACAGUAUCUUGUUUCUCACUGGCAACAUUCCCACAAAAAUCAGAAACAGAAACCAUUGAAAGUUAGAUUUCUAGCAAGCAAAGGAAAAUAGAAGAAUCCACGAGAAAAUGAAAAUUUUGCAACAUUAUAAAAAGAAAUAAAGCAGUGGAUGGCACGAGAUGUACUUGAUCUCUGAGCUCGAAUUUUAUGUCCCUUGCCACUCACUAGAUUUAUUUUAUUUUAUCUACUAUGAAUUGUGAUAAUACUUUAAUUUUGUUAGAAUUCAUAAAUUUUAUUUGACUGAAUUAUUGA